CGCAUUUCGAAGCCGGUCAUAUGGUCGACGAUGCAAAAUAUUCGUACGAAUCAUAUCGAAACUCUUAAUUCUACCCGAAUAUCACUUAUACCGCAAAUUUAUUGCUUGCAUCGUAAAAGUGCUAUAAAAUUAAUGCCAUUGUAGUUUUUUUUUUUUGAUAAGCCAAUCAUCCAGAAGUAGAACAAAGCAUAAUGCUUUCCAUGUACGCAAAUCCCACCGCUCGCUAAAAAAGCGUAACCCGCCUAAGUUUUUGACAUAUGCUUUGAACGCUCUUCGCAAUCAACAAGUGAUUAUCACUAAUCAGUUUUGAUCGGCGUGCCAGCUUUUGCCUUCGCGCUCCUGAGAUGCAUUCGCGAAUCUCAUUACUGUUUGUGCUGGUGAUAAACGUUGUGCUCUGCGCGCAAUUUCGAUACAAAAAGGAGCAACAUUCAAUCCACCAGCUGAACAGACAUCAGAUUCAGCAUUUAGCAAGACUGUCAGAUGUGGAUCAUCUGAACUCUGUUUUGGACAACAUUUUAAUUCCAAGAGUGGUUGAAACACCAACCCACACAAAAGUCUACAAAUACAUCAAGAAGCAACUAGAGGAUAAUGAUUUCACUGUUGAGGUUGAUAUGUUCAAAGACAAUGUGCCUAUAUUUGGCUCUUUGACUUUCAAGAACAUUAUAGGAGUGCUCAAUCCAAAUGCAGAGAGAUUCUUGGUGUUAGCAUGUCACUAUGACAGCAAAUACUUUGCAAACUUUGAAUUUCUUGCUGCAACUGAUUCAGCUGUUCCAUGUGCAAUGAUGCUGAACUUGAUCAAAACCAUGAAAUCUGAGCUGCAAGCUGUCAAAAACAACGAUGUUAGUUUAAUGCUGUUGUUCCUGGAUGGUGAGGAAGCAUUCCAUCAGUGGUCAGACACUGAUUCGAUCUAUGGCGCGCGUAACCUGGCGAAAAAAUUCGACAAUUCAUUAGGCCGCUCUGCAAACGGCGAGAGUGUGUCAAUGCUUGACCGAAUGGAUGUUUUUGUCUUGCUGGACUUGCUCGGUACACCAAACCCGACAUUCUACAGUUAUUUCCCAGACACUGACAGGCAUUAUUUGACUUUGAGUCGUGCGGAAGACGCUCUGGCCAAAUCGCAUUUAUUAUCCAAUCAUAAACGAAAAUAUUUCCAAGAGAAAAGAUAUAAUUCGCAUGUGGAAGAUGAUCACUUGCCAUUCAUGCGAAAAGGUGUUCCUAUCUUGCAUAUCAUUCCGUCACCUUUCCCGAAAGUGUGGCACAAAGUCUCGGAUGACCGCACCGCGAUCGACGUCAACACAAUCGAGAAUCUCAACAAGAUUUUCCGCGUCUUCGUCGCCGAGUAUCUCCACGUCCCGCUAAGCAACAUCGAGAUCGAUGGCGAGGUGGACGCGGAUGAAAUAGACCCAAGGUUGAAUGCGCACGAAGAGUUCUAAACGCGAAUGCGUUUUGUUUGAUACGUACAUUUGUCACAAACACGAGAUAUGCGUAAUGAAAAGACUACGGAUGAUUUAUUGCGGGUAUAAUUGUAAUUAAUUGAAGCGAAAUAAUUAUGUUUAUUCAGUGAUAA